UUGGGGGGAGAAGGGGCGUCGAUCCCUGGGUGAAACGAGUCCACGGUGAUAUAGACAGAAGUAAAAAAACAAAGGACACACUCAAAACACCUACAAGGAAGUUUCAGUUUUAACGGGAAGAAUCAGCUGACUGACAAUAACUGCGCGCGAGGGUGGAGCGUGAUUGUAGAGGUUUAACCUCUUUUUUUUUACCCCGUGUAAUUCUGUUGUCGUGCCUUUGGAUGGAAACUCAGCCUAUUAUGAACCCCCAGAACAGAAACUAUGGAGUAGCCAACCCUGGUUAUGUCCCAGCAGCUGAGGGAACACCUGCAAUGUUUGCCCCACCCGCCGCAGAGGGCCCCAGCGCUCCUCCAGUCGGCAUGUUUGACAGCAUGCCUGGCUAUGAAGGCACCGUGGCGGGAGGAGGAGGUGGAUUUCUGCCCCCUCCAAUGCCCAUUCACCCCCAACCUAUGCCCGAGCCUGGACCUGAGCAGCCGCAGUGGAAUAUCCCAUCUAUAAGUGAAGACACUGCUCGGGAUGCUUUUGUUCUGUUUGCAUCCAGUAAGUGCUGCUACAGCAAAGGACCAGCGAAGGAUGGCGUGAUCACUGCCAUGGAUGCGUUCAAUACGUACAGGUAUCGACUGGAAACCUUUACUGAGAACAGAUCUACAGAGUGGAGCCACGAGCCAUAUCAUGGUCAGCCUGUCGAUGCCUUUGCCCAACCACCUCCAGGACCAUGGGACAUUCACACUAAAACCCCCAGUUUUUUUGUGGAUGACAAACAGGUUAUCAAGGUCCCCUAUACUUCAUCUAUGAAGAGCUGCCAUGUUUGUGUGGGGAUGGGACGAAAGCCUUGCAAAGACUGUGCCGGUGCUGGAAAUAAAGUUUGCUGGGUGUGCAAUGGAUCUGGUUACCGCCACGGAGAGGAUCGGUGCCACCACUGCAGUGGAAGAGGAAGGGAAAACUGCAGCCACUGUCAGGGGCAGGGAUCAAGGCAAUGUGAAAUGUGUCAUGGAAAACAACAGCUUCUGGUCUACAUCAAUCUCACUGUAAAAUGGACCAACAACACUGACAACUAUGUUGUUGAACAGUUGAGUGGACUGCCGGCGAACCACCUCAGCGAGGUGUCUGGCAAGGAGCUUUUCAAAGACACUCAGUACAUGGUAUACCCAGUGAUGGGUUUCCCAGAUCCUUCAGUGGUGAAUGCUGCACAGCGCUUUGUCAAGGAACACCAGGGAAAAUACUCCCAGACGUCACGCAUUCUUCAACAGCGUCAAACAAUAGAGCUGAUUCCGGUCACCAAGGUGACCUAUUUGUGGAAAGGAAAAUCCCACAUCUACUUUGUUUACGGGAAUGAGUUCAAAGUUAAAGCAGAUAACUAUCCUGCAACCUGUUGUUGCUCUGUAAUGUGAUUGCAUUUUCCAUGUAUGAAGAUGUUUACUUUCCAAGCCAGUGGAUAUGUCCACCUGUAUUACUUACAAGACGCUUCUACUGAUUAACAGUGCAUGCCUUGACAUGUGGGCAGUUAUGACUUAAAGUUUGUUAUUUGACAGAAUUAACAGACACAUUUAACCUCUGAACAAGUCUCAUAACUCAUUUAGCCUCUUGAGUAAACAAUCGUGAAGGCCAUGCAAAAAGGGAAUAUAACGUUGGCUGACUGCCAUAAUAUAACUUAUGUCAAUAAAGUCAUAUUGUUAUAUGUUUUAUAUGCAUCCAUCACAGAAAAAAUGUUUUACUGACACAGUUUACAAUAUAAUCUGAAUAUAA